AUGGCGGAGGUUAAAAUGGCCGCCCAGGACGGAGACUUGUUAGAGCCGCUGCUGCGUCUUAGGCGACAGUUCGGUCACAAAGCUCAUGGGAUGCAGGAGCCGUCUCCAGCGCUCGGAGAAGGGACCGCGACCACCGUCGAAGCGGCAAGCGCCGAGAAGAAAGAGAAGCCGCCUCCCCGACUUAACAUCCAUUCCGCUUUCUGGAUAGUGGCCUCGAUUGCUGUCACCUAUUACAUUGAAUUUUUUAAAGCUGUGAAAGAGAUGAUUCAGACGGAGAGCUGGUGGUUCAUCCUUGGCAGCUGGCUGCUGCUGGGGAGCUUGUCCGUGGCCUUCUACUGCAUCAUCUACCUCGAGUGGUACCGGGGGAUCGAAGACUACGACACCGCGUAUCCGGCCCUGAUCCCCAUCACGACGGCCAUGUUCAUCGUGGCGGCCAUUUGCUUCAACGUCGCCUUGUGGCCCGUGUGGUCUUUCCUCACCCCUGUGGUACUCUUCACCCAGUUCAUGGGUGUCGUGAUGCUCAUCUCCCUCCUGGGAUGA